AUGUCUGCUAAUAGUAUCAAGGUCGUGGCCCGGUUCCGGCCCCAGAACCGGAUCGAGCUGGAGUCUGGCGGCAAACCGAUCGUGUCAUUCAGCUCGGAUGACUCUUGCACCCUUGAUUCCAGGGAGGCCCAAGGUUCCUUCACCUUCGACAAGGUCUUUGACAUGGGAUGCAAGCAGCAGGACAUCUUCGACUUCUCCAUUCGACCCACCGUCGACGACAUCCUCAAUGGCUACAACGGCACCGUCUUCGCCUACGGCCAGACGGGCGCCGGAAAGUCGUACACCAUGAUGGGCACCAACAUCGACGACGACGAGGGCCGAGGUGUCAUACCGCGCAUCGUCGAGCAGAUAUUCGCCAGCAUCAUGUCGAGCCCCAGCACGAUAGAGUAUACCGUCCGCGUGAGCUACAUGGAAAUCUACAUGGAGCGAAUUCGAGAUCUGCUGGCGCCGCAAAACGAUAACCUGCCCGUGCACGAGGAGAAAAACCGUGGAGUCUACGUCAAGGGCUUGCUCGAAAUCUACGUCUCGAGCGUGCAGGAGGUCUACGAGGUCAUGAGAAGGGGAGGCAACGCGCGUGCCGUUGCCGCCACCAACAUGAACCAGGAGUCGUCCCGGUCGCAUUCCAUCUUCGUCAUCACCAUCACGCAGAAGAACGUCGAGACCGGCUCGGCCAAGAGCGGCCAGCUGUUCCUCGUCGACUUGGCCGGCAGCGAAAAGGUCGGCAAGACGGGCGCCAGCGGCCAGACGCUCGAGGAAGCAAAGAAGAUCAACAAGAGCUUGAGCGCGCUCGGCAUGGUCAUCAACGCCCUGACCGACGGGAAAUCUUCGCACAUCCCGUACCGAGAUUCCAAGCUGACGCGGAUCCUGCAAGAAUCGCUCGGAGGCAACAGCCGGACGACGCUCAUCAUCAACUGCUCCCCCAGCAGCUACAACGACGCCGAGACGCUGAGCACGCUGAGGUUCGGCACCCGUGCCAAGUCCAUCAAGAACAAGGCCAAGGUCAACGCCGAGCUGAGCCCGGCCGAGCUCAAAUCGCUGCUGAAGAAGGCCCAGGGCCAGGUGACCAACUUUGAAAGCUACAUCCAGAAUCUCGAGGGCGAAAUCCAGCUCUGGCGCGCCGGAGAAGCCGUUCCCAAGGACAGGUGGGCCCAGCCAGCCGCCGCCGACGGCGUGGCGGGCGCCCGGGCCGAUGCGAGAUUCCAUCGUCCGGCCACCCCAUCCCGGCUGAUGCCCGACAGCCGAUCGGAGACGCCCGGCUUCUCCGAUCGUUCGGCCACGCCCAGCCUGCUGCUGGAGAAGGACGAGCGCGAGGAGUUCCUGCGACGGGAAAACGAACUGCAGGAUCAGCUCGCCGAGAAAGAAACGAUGGCGACGGCGGCCGAGAAGAGUCUCUGCGAGACCAAGGAGGAGAUGGCCUAUCUCAAGGAUCACGACAGCAAGCUGGGCAAGGAGAAUGAGCGGCUCACGACGGAGGUGAACGAGUUCAAAAUGCAGCUCGAACGGUUGACGUUUGAGAGCAAGGAGGCACAGAUCACGACGGAUGCGCUCAAGGAGGCCAACUCGGAGCUCACCACCGAGCUGGACGACGUCAAGCAGCAAUUCUUGAACGUCACCAUGAGCGCCAAGGAGACCGGGGCGGCGAUUGGCGAGAAGGAGAAGAAGAAGGCGGAGAAGAUGGCGGAGAUGAUGGCAGGCUUCGACCUCGGCGGCGACGUCUUUGGCGACAACGAGCGCUCGCUUCAGCAGGCGAUCCAGCACAUCGACGCUCUCCACGAGCACAGCAAGCUCGGCGAGAGCAUCGCGCCCGACCAGUUCGACACCCUCCGAGCCAAGUUGGUCGAGACGCAGGGCAUCGUCCGGCAGGCAGAGCUGUCCAUGUACGGCGCCUCCACCGGUGACAUGCAUGCCCUGCGGAGACGAGAGCUCGAGGAUAGGCUCGAGGCGGUCCAGCGGCAGUACGAGGACGUGUUGACGCGCAACCUCGACGAGAGCGACGUCGAGGAGGUCAAGUCGCGUCUCGAGAAUGCGUACACCGACCGCCUGGCGGCACAGGUGCAGCUUGUCGAGCAGCUCAAGGCGGAGAUGGCGCAGAAGGCGUCGGAAAACGCACGGAUGAGGACGUUGAUGGAGGGCCUCCAGCAGCGCAUCAAGUCCGGCACCUCGACGCCGACGGCCAACGGCAAGACGGUUCAUCAGCAGAUUGCCGAGUUCGACAUCAUGAAGAAGAGCCUCAUGCGCGACCUUCAAAACCGGUGCGAGCGUGUGGUGGAGCUGGAAAUAUCGCUCGACGAGACGCGUGAGCAGUACAACAACGUGCUGAGGUCGUCCAACAACCGUGCCCAGCAGAAGAAGAUGGCCUUUUUGGAAAGGAACCUGGAGCAGCUUACCCAGGUGCAGCGGCAACUGGUCGAGCAGAACUCGGCUCUUAAGAAAGAGGUUGCCAUCGCCGAGCGCAAGCUCAUCGCGAGGAACGAGCGCAUCCAGAGCCUGGAGAGCCUCCUCCAAGACAGUCAAGAGAAGAUGGCAGCUGCCAACCACAAGUUUGAGGUCCAGCUCGCCUCGGUCAAGGAACGCUUGGAAGCGGCCAAGGCGGGCACCAGCACUCGCGGACUUGGCAUCGGCGGCACCGGCUUCAACUUUGCCAGCGCUGGUAGCCGGAUCGCGAAACCCCUGCGGGGCGGCGGCGGCGACAACGCGCCAACCGUUCCGACGAUCCAAGGCCUCCAGAACGAAGGAGCGUCGAACAAACGGAGCAGCUGGUUCUUCAACAAGGCGUAG